UUUCAGGGUAAUCACUUUGAUCAGUAUGAAGAAGGACAUUUGGAAAUUGAACAAGCAUCACUUGACAAGCCUAUUGAAUCGCAGUUGGCCCAUAUUAGCUAAGCAGCCAUGAUCUGCCCAGUUUUUAAAGCCAGGAUAAUAUUGGACAUCGCUUACUCCAGAAACAUGGGUGGAAGCUGGGCCAGGGAUUGGGAAAAUCUCUUCAGGCAUUAUGAUCCUGGACUUGUUGUGGUGAUGGUAAACUUAGCAGUGGUAAUUUUUUAUUUUCAGACUGAAUUACUCCUUUUGUCAUCAGUGCACCAAUAUGUUAGGCUUACUUUCUCUGUUGUAGCCUUCAUCCUUCUGCUUGGUCUUUUUCAUUUUCCUUUCCUUUCCUUAUGCAACUUGUCUGAUCCUCGUUCAUUAAAGGGUAAUGUUAAGAAGGGAUGUAUCUGUUUGUGUUAGAACCGCAAAAAAAAAAAAUCAGUUAAAACAUUAAAUUCUAAUACUGUCAAAAACUUGAUUUCCCCACAACGUAAUGGGCACUAGCACUUGCUACUGCAAUUUAUAAAUAAAUUAAAACAAACUUUGACUGCCUUAGAAGGCAAAAGUACUAAUGCAGAGUUUAUAAACAGGGGUUUACAGAGGUAAUGAAUUUGUACCAAAACUUUCUUGAUUCUUGCAUAACAAAUUCUGACAGACCAAAAAAGAUACCAAAACAACAACAAAAGUAAAUUCCUUUGUCAUUUUUUUUCCCAAUUCUUUCAUUGGACCAUUUGUUUUUACCAGUAAAUCCCUGAUUGAGACGUUAUGAAAGUGAUAUUGCACUUAGGAAGUCAUUUUUAUAACCUGUCUUAAUUUGGUCCUUUUGCUAAAGAUUGCAGUCACUGCUUAUUUAUUAUACCAUUGGGCAUAAGGUAGUAAUGCAUUUUCAUUUUGUUUAACUGGCAGUCUUUAAUAGUAUCUAAAAGAAGGCUGUAUUUUAGAACUUUUUCCUGGCAUGAGAUGUUCUUUAUUUACUUACACUUUUUUCACUAUAAUAAUUAUUCCUAAUUAUCUCCUUAUUGUUUAAAACAUAAUGGGAUAUUGGUGAUAAGUAAACUUCUGAAUUUGUUUUUCAUUAUUUUUUAAAGAUAAAAACUAAUUCCACAAAUAUAGAGCAACUAGAUACAAGUGGUUUCUGGUCACUUUGAAAACAGUUUCUUCUUUUUUGUCCAAGACCAAACCUAGUCAUGAUCAUGGCAUUUGUUGUUAUUAUUUUUUUUAUUUGGUUUUGGUAAUACCUCAGAUUUAGGCUGACAAAACUUAACUUUUAGCCCAAAGGUAUAAUAUAUAUGUGUGUAUAACAAAAACAAAAAAUAAAAAAACAAUUGUUUACACCAGCCUGAGUGAUACGAUGAGGGAAGUAAACAUUGUGUUUUUUCACUAAAGGUGUACAACGGAUAAGGUAAGUCCUCUUUAUCAGUGAGCUUACAUCACAAUAAACAGCGCAAGUUGUGAUGUAAAACAGCUGUGGUAGUAAAGUGCUUGUCUGCCCCAUUUUGCUUUGUUUGGCUGGUUAUGAGUGGAUUAAAUAUACAUUUUAAAAAAUCUCCAGCAUAGAUCGACUAGUUUAAAGUCAAUUUUCUUCGCAACUAGUCCUUUUCACAGCUUACCGAUUACCACAGCCAGUGUUAAAUCCACUCUGGAAAAUGGGACCUCAGUGCACCAGUUCAAAAGAAACAUUGUUCUUUGUUUCUAAAGGCAACUAACUGUUGCUUGUUAUUUAAAUUUUUCAUAGCCCCACUUACCUGUAAAGCAUCUUUUGAAAACAAAAAAAUGUUAAACAUACUGAGUUGCAGUUACAGAGUUUUCCUGUAUCAUGUUUGAAACUGUUCUUUUUGAUUUAAGCAUGUCAGUUGAAAUAUUACCAGUUUUAAAAGUGUGUGUGGGAGGAUGUCAGUGGACAGUAAGAGUGAAGUGAUUCUUGAUGAAAAGUUAUUUUAAACCUCCUGGUGCCAUUGCUUAGAAGUGUUUUCUUUACAUUACUUAAUUUUGCCAUAGUAAUCUGGAAUUGUUCUCACUGGAAGGACAAUCAAGGUGGUUAGUUGGGCUUUUAAACUGGGAGAGGUAGGUUUGGUUGUAAGCUGUGAGAAUGGCUUGUGUUUGGUUCACUGUAGCUUUCUGGUCUCUGCACUCCAAGGCAAGAUCUCUAACCACCCAAACCCAAUGUGUAAAGUGAGCUGUUGGCUUAGCUUUGCAUCUUACCUUGAUUAUGUAUGUGUUCCUGUUACAGGGAGAACAGAUCCCAUUCCGAUUGUUGUCAAAUAUGAUGUCAUGGGCAUGGGUCGCAUGGAAAUGGAGCUCGAUUAUGCCGAAGAUGCUACCGAAAGGCGCCGUGUCCUAGAAGUAGAAAAAGAAGACACAGAAGAAUUGAGACAGAAGUACAAGGAUUAUGUUGACAAAGAGAAGGCAAUUGCCAAAGCGUUGGAAGACCUCAGAGCCAACUUUUACUGUGAACUCUGUGAUAAGCAGUAUCAGAAACAUCAGGAAUUUGACAACCAUAUCAAUUCCUAUGAUCAUGCACACAAGCAGAGAUUGAAAGAUCUCAAGCAGAGAGAGUUUGCUCGAAAUGUUUCUUCAAGAUCCCGCAAGGAUGAGAAGAAACAGGAAAAAGCCCUUCGGCGACUCCAUGAAUUGGCAGAGCAAAGAAAACAAGCUGAAUGUGCACCUGGAAGUGGUCCUAUGUUCAGACCAACCACAGUGGCUGUAGAUGAAGAAGGUGGAGAUGAUGAUAAAGAUGAAUCAGCUACAAACAGUGGCAUAAGUGCCCCUGCCACUUGCGGACUGGGAUCUGAAUUCUCUACAGAUAAAGGAGGCCCUUUCACUGCAGUACAAGUCACUAAUACCACUGGACUGGCACAGGCUUCUGGGUUAGUCUCCCAAGGGGUCAGCUUUGGCAUUAAGAAUAAUCUGGGUACCCCAUUGCAGAAAUUGGGAGUGUCAUUUUCUUUUGCCAAGAAGGCUCCUGUCAAACUCGAAUCAAUAGCAUCAGUUUUCAAGGACCACGCAGAGGAAGGGACCUCUGAGGAUGGAAUAAAAGCUGAUGAGAAAGGUUCUGACCAAGGACCGCAGAAGGUGGGAGACUCUGAUGGUGGUAGUAAUCUCGAUAGUAAAAGAGAGGAUGAAGACCCUCAGGAUGGAGGGUCUCUUGCCUCAACAUUGUCUAAGUUAAAAAGAAUGAAACGAGAAGAAGGAGCUGGGGCUACAGAGCCAGAGUAUUACCACUACAUCCCCCCAGCACACUGCAAAGUAAAACCUAAUUUUCCCUUCCUGCUCUUUAUGAGAGCCAGUGAACAAAUGGAAGGUGAUAAUAGUACACACCCAAAGAAUGCCCUAGAGAGCAAAAAAAGCAAUUCUCCCAAGCCUAAACGUUUCAAGGCGGCAGCAGGCCCAGGAGCAGAAAAGACAGUUAGUGAAGUCUCCGACCAGCAGACAGACACUGGUGUGGCUGAGCCCUCAGAACCUGGAAGCAAAGCUGAAACAAAGAAGGCCUCAGGAGGGGAUAUAAGUGAGCAGGGUUUAGAGAGUCAGAGUCAGAAGGCUUCAGUGAUCCAAAUGUGUGAGUCUAACCCUUCUAAAGAAACUUCUCAGACCACCCCACCAGGGAAAGAAAGCCAUGAGGGACCCAAACAUCCUACUGGUCCCUUCUUUCCAGUUUUGAGCAAAGAUGAAAGCACUGCCCUCCAGUGGCCAUCAGAACUAUUGAUUUUCACCAAGGCAGAACCCUCCAUUUCAUACAGUUGUAACCCUUUAUACUUUGACUUCAAACUUUCAAGGAACAAAGAUGCCAGAGGUAAAGGGACAGAAAAACCAAAGGACAUAGGAGGCCCUUCAAAGGACCAUAUCCAAGGCCUUGAUCCUGGUGAGCCAAAUAAAAACAAGGAAGGAGAGAACGUAGAACAUUCCUCAGGAGACAAAAUGGAUGCACCUGCUUCAGGAUCUGCCUGUAGCAGCUUGAAUAAGCAGGAGCCUGGCGGCAGCCAUGGAUCAGAAACAGAAGACACAGGGAGAAGCCUUCCUAGCAAGAAAGAACGGUCUGGGAAGUCACACCGACACAAAAAGAAAAAGAAGCACAAAAAAUCCAGCAAACACAAACGGAAACACAAGGCUGACCCAGAAGAGAGAAGCUCUAAGGUUGAGUCUGGGGAGAAGUCUAAGAAGCGCAAGAAACGAAAACGAAAGAAGAAUAAGUCAGCCCCAGCGGAUUCUGAGCGGGGACCCAAACCAGAACCCCCUGGGAGUGGUAGCCCUGCACCACCAAGACGGCGGCGGCGAGCUCAAGACGAUUCCCAGCGGAGAUCCCUCCCCGGUGAAGAAGGGAGCAGUGGCAAGAAGGAUGAAGGUGGAAGUGGUGGCAGUUCUCAAGAUCAUGGUGGGAGGAAACAUAAAGGUGAACCUCCAACUUCGUCCUGCCAGCGAAGAGCUAGUACCAAACGGAGCAGCCGGUCCAGUCAUCGGAGUCGGCCCAGUAGUGGAGACGAAGAUAGUGAUGAUGCUUCCUCACGCCGGCUGCACCAGAAGUCUCCAUCCCAGUACAGUGAGGAGGAGGAGGAAGAGGAGGAGGAGGAAGACUCGGGCAGUGAGCAUUCCCAUAGCCGCUCACGGUCUGGCCGGCGCCAUUCCUCACACCGUUCCUCCCGCCGUUCUUACUCAAGUAGCUCAGAUGCUUCUUCAGACCAGAGCUGCUAUAGUAGACAGCGCAGUUAUUCUGAUGACAGCUAUAGUGACUAUAGCGACCGAUCACGAAGGCACUCAAAGCGCUCCCAUGAUUCUGAUGACUCAGACUACACCAGCUCCAAGCACCGGUCCAAACGGCACAAAUACUCAUCUUCUGAUGAUGACUAUAGCCUCAGUUGCAGCCAGUCCCGAAGCCGGUCUCGGAGUCAUACCAGGGAGCGCUCAAGAUCCCGGGGCCGCAGCCGCAGCAGUAGUUGCAGUCGCAGCCGGAGCAAACGGAGAAGCCGUAGUACCACAGCCCACAGUUGGCAGCGAAGCCGGAGCUAUAGCCGGGACCGCAGCCGUAGCACCAGAAGCCCUUCCCAGAGAUCAGGCUCCAGGAAGGGAUCAUGGGGUCAUGAGAGCCCUGAGGAGAGGCGUUCUGGUCGUCGAGACUUCAUUCGCUCUAAAAUCUACCGCUCCCAGUCUCCUCAUUAUUUCCGAUCAGGCCGGGGAGAAGGCCAUGAGAAGAAGGAAGAUGGCAGAGGAGAUGAUGGUAAAGGGACAGGCCCACCCUCUCAGAACAGCAUCGUUGGCACAGGAAGGGGAUCAGAGGGUGACUGCAGCCCUGAAGAUAAGAACUCUCUCACUGCCAAACUGCUCCUGGAGAAGAUCCAGUCAAGGAAAGUGGAGAGGAAACCCAGUGUGAGUGAGGAGGUGCUGGCCACCCCUAAUAAAGCUGGGCUAAAGCUCAAGGACCCCCCACAAGGUUACUUUGGGCCCAAACUCCCCCCCUCUCUUGGCAGUAAGCCUGUCCUUCCACUGAUAGGGAAGCUGCCAGCUACCCGAAAGCCCAACACCAAGAAAUGUGAAGAGUCUGGCUUAGAAAGGGGGGAAGAGCAAGAACAGUCAGAGACAGAAGAAGGGCCUCCAGGGAAUAGUGAUGCCCCAUUUGGACAUCAGUACCCCUCAGAGGAAACAGCUGGCCCCUUAUCAGACCCACCUCCAGAAGAGCCAAAAUCUGAAGAAGCUACUGCUGAUCACCCUGUGGCUCCACUAGGCACCCCAGUGCACUCUGAUUGCUAUCCUGGGGACCCAGCCAUCUCCCAUAACUACCUCCCUGACCCCAGUGACGGGGACACCCUAGAGUCAUUGGAUAGUCAGCCAGGCCCUGUGGAAUCUAACUUGCUGCCUCUAGUGCCAAAACUUGAGCACUUCUCCAGUUAUGCACCUCCCAGUGGGGAGCCUAGUAUUGAGUCAGCCGAUGGGGCCGAGGAUGCUUCCCUGGCCCCCCUGGAGAGCCAGCCCAUCACCUUCACACCCGAGGAGAUGGAGAAAUACAGCAAACUCCAGCAGGCCGCACAGCAACACAUCCAGCAGCAGCUUCUAGCCAAGCAAGUGAAGGCCUUUCCAGCCUCUGCUGCCCUGGCCCCAGCCACUCCAGCCCUACAGCCCAUCCACAUUCAGCAGCCGGCCACAGCCUCUGCCACCUCCAUCACAACUGUUCAGCAUGCCAUCUUGCAGCAUCAUGCCGCAGCAGCUGCUGCUGCCAUUGGCAUUCACCCCCACCCUCAUCCCCAGCCACUCGCCCAAGUACAUCAUAUUCCCCAGCCCCACUUGACCCCCAUUUCCUUGUCCCACCUCACUCACUCAAUCAUCCCUGGCCAUCCUGCCACCUUUCUCGCUAGCCAUCCCAUUCACAUCAUUCCCGCCUCGGCCAUCCAUCCUGGACCCUUCACCUUCCACCCUGUCCCACAUGCUGCCCUCUACCCUACCCUACUUGCCCCACGGCCUGCUGCAGCAGCUGCCACUGCCCUCCACCUUCACCCGCUUCUUCACCCCAUCUUCUCAGGUCAGGACCUGCAGCACCCCCCCGGUCAUGGCACAUGAGUUGAGGGAUGAGAGCCCAGGUAGGACCAGGGAAGGUGAUCUAUAAGUCUUCCCUUAGGGCUGUUGAGCCAUUAAUACCAGCAAGUAGAAGCUGGGAUGGGCAGUGUCUGAUAGCCAAAGAAUCGAGUUUUGGCUUGCAGGGGUGGUUUUAGAUUUUGGGGUUUGCUUUGGGUUCACUAUCAGGGAUUUUCCCCCCUUUCCUUUUGUCCCUCUCUCUCUUGUCUUUCUAGGCUAGGGAACACCAGUAAGUGCUACCCACCCCUCUGCGGCAACAUCUCCAGAUGGGCAAGUUUAGAUACUUCCCUCCUCCCUCUACUUUUUAACCUCUACUCUUCCCUUCUAUAAAUUUUAAAAUACUUUCCUCCUCUCUGGCUGGCGGGUUGUCCAUCUGAUCCUGCCUUCCCAUUGUCUUUGACCAUCCCUUGGUGACCUUGUGUUGUCCUGGGUGAGGUGGAAAGGGAGUCAGACCUGGAAUCAGAUGCUACUCAGGCUGUUUUUCGAUCCACUUCCCACAUAAGGAGCCACACAUUUGGCACUGUUGUCCUCGUGUCCCUCAUCCCAGAAGAGACAUCGGAAUAUCCCAGAAAAAAGAUCCUAUCAUGAUUACAAGCUAUGCGGAACAUAGAGUCGCCCCUGUGCUUCCCCAGAGAGGAGCUUGUAUGUUUGAAGGGUGUAUUUUCUUCUGUCAUGUUGAUGUUUCCUUCUUAAUUUAUAGGAUUUUUCUUUUUAAUGUAAAAAAAUUGCACUGAACUCUAUAAACGUAAAUGCUGCUUUUUGUAGCUCAUAAAAAAGGUUCCAUAUUUGUAGUAUACUGCAAUAAUAUUUUUUACAUCCAGCUCUUUAAGUGAUCCUUGUUCUGGUGGCUUUGUGUAAAUAUGUUUGCCCUAGUUGAAUUAAGAAACUAAAAGUUAUAAAAUGAAAACAAAAAAUAAAGUAUUUGUUUUCUGCUAGAUGCAAAAUUGACUAAGCAUGUAUAUUUUAUCAAACUCAUGUAUUUUUUGAAGUUAUGUACUAUAAAAAUGCUAAAACAAAAAAGAACAUUGUUUAACAUUUUUGCUGAGACAAAAUGUUCAGUAAUUUGCAUUAAGUGUUGCCUCAGCACCGGGAUUUUUGAACUAAUGGACAUCAGUCAGCUGGGGGUGUCAGGAAUACUCAGCUAUGACAGUUUCCCUCAUGUGCUUUGCUGUUUUAUACAGAGAAACAGGUGGGCCCCACAGAGGAGGAAGAAGUACAAGAGCUUUAUUUGAAAGCAGUGAGAUAGGUUGAGAGUGAUUGGGGGUUUCCUGGGUGCCUUGUUCCAGGCAGUCCAUUUGCCUUCCUAGUACUUAGCCUCCUCUGAUAUUUUUUUUUUUAAUGUGCCUUUUGGGUUGGCUAGAAACAAAUAGAAGUAGACUGGGGAAUGAUGGAGUUGGGACAGUUUUCUUCCUCCUUUUGUUGGGACAUGAGCACACGUGUAGAUACUGCAAAUUCUUUUGCUUCAUAAUUUCCAUGCCUUUAGCCCAGUUUUGCUUAAGCAGUAAAGAUUCCCUUUCUCUCUUCUGUGACACCAGGACACCUACUAGAGGAAGUACCACCUCAAUUCUUCCUCCUCUUGCCUUUCACCCAGGCUCUCAGACCUAAUUAACACACUGACCCAAAGGGGUUUAUAUUGCAGGUUUCAUCUUCUGUGGUGUAGUUAGCAGUACCCUGUUUGGCAUUUCCCUACCUAUUCCUGUGGCUAGAAUUGGUUGGGUGGUCACCUAACAGGAAAAACAAACCCUACUUACCUGUGUUCUGCCAUCUAGAAUUCUCAAAUGAGAAAGAUUUUGAGUUUAUGAGAAGCAAGUGCUGAGCAGACAAGGCUCUUGACUGAGCCUCAUACCUGUUAAGUGUUCCUCGUGUGAUUCAGAAGCAUCACUUUUUUGAUAACUAGCACUGGAAAAAUGAAAUGUCUUUGACGUGAGGGGACUCAUUUUUCUUUGUUUUCAGCCCAUGUAAAUAAUUUAAAUAAUACAGUAUUAACAUUUUUGUGCUAUUACCCAUUAGCUUGUAGUUCGAGCCAUACUCUGGCUGCCUCUACCUUCCCGGGGGGCAGUUUUCUUUAACUUCCAGAAUAGUGAUUUUAAAACAUAAAAAAGAAAGAACAACAAAAUAGCCUAUCCUUCCUUACAAGCAUAACAGAUUGUAUUUAACUUUAUCACAUAUGAUAGAGAUAUAUAUGCUGUAAAAUUAGGGAAAGGAACUUUCUAAUAAACCAAUGAUUUGUGGAAACUUA